AUGUCGACCGCCGCCCCUCCGGGCGCCGCCGCGAGCGCGUCGCUCGAGCCGAGCGGCGAAAAACCCCGCGCGCCGCCGCCGAAGCGCUUCGUCCGGAACCAGGCGCGUCGCGCGUCCGUCCCCGUCCCCCAGGACAUCCUCGACGACCCCGCGCUGAAAGCCGCCAUCGCGGUGCUCCCCGCCAACUACAGCUUCGAGGUGGAGAAGACGGUCUGGAGGCUCCGCCGCGCGCGCGCGAGAUCCGUCGCGCUGCAGUUCCCCGAGGGCCUCCUGCUCUACGCGACGACGCUCGCGGACAUCUUCCAGACCUUCGUCCCCGCGAUCGAGGACGUCGUCGUCCUCGGCGACGUCACCUACGGCGCGUGCUGCGUCGACGACCACACCGCGGCGUCGCUGGGGUGCGACUUUCUCGUGCACUACGGACACUCGUGCCUGGUGCCCGUGGACGUGACGUCGAUCGAUUGCCUCUACGUCUUCGUCGACAUCGCGUUCGACGUCGCUCACCUGAGCGACUGCGUCCGCGCCAACUUCCCGCCGCCGGCGAACAUCGCGCUCGCGGGGACGAUCCAGUUCGCGAGCGCGAUCAGAGACGCGCGGAAAGCGCUCGAGGGCGAGUACCCGUCGCUGUGCGUGCCGCAGUGCAAGCCGCUGUCGCCGGGCGAGACGUUGGGAUGCACCGCGCCGACGCUCGCGAACGCGGAAGCCGUCGACGCCAUCGUCUUCGUCGCGGACGGGCGGUUCCACCUCGAGGCGAUCAUGAUCGCGAACCCGACCGUGCCCGCGUUCAGGUACGACCCGUACAACAGGGUGAUGACGAGGGAGGAGUACGCGCACGCGGAGAUGCGACGCGUCCGACGCGCGGCGGUGGAACGCGCGAGGGACCACGCGAGGACGUUUGGCGUCGUGUUGGGGACGCUCGGGAGGCAGGGCAACCCCGCGAUCUUGGAGCACCUGGAGGCGCGAUUGAAGGCGAAAGGGUUGAAGUACGUCGUGUUUCUCAUCUCCGAGAUGAACCCCGCGAAGAUGGCGCUGCUGAAGGGCGCGGACGCGUUCGUGCAGAUCGCGUGCCCGCGGCUGAGCAUCGACUGGGGCGAGGAUUUCACCAAGCCGGUGCUGACGCCGUACGAGUGCGAAGUCGCGCUCGGGUUCGCGACGCCGUGGUGGGAGCUCGAGGGCGUCGCGCCCGGGGAGGCGAACGCGCCGUACCCGAUGGAUUACUACGCGAAGGACGGGGGGGCGUGGACGUCGAGUUACGUCAAGACGCGGCCGCGGCGGCGUCCCGGGGGGGCGGCGGCGGCGGCGGCGGCGGCGGCGAAGGGGGAGGGGGAGGGAGAGGACGUCGUCGCGGCGGCGUGA